UGUUAGUUACUACAUAAUUACGAAUUCUGAGAGCUAUCAGUCUCUUUUGUGCGUUUUAUGUGAAAGGACGUUGACGAAAAUGUGGUUGUAUUUUUGUGCAUUUACAAUAUUUUUGGUUGUUCUACAUUUGUUCCUGAAUUACAAUGCACGAGCUCGGAUGAUAAAGAAGCUGCCUGGACCUAAGGAUGACUUUAUUGUAGGGAAUGCAUUUAGAAUCAUAUGCGAUCCAGUUGAGCUGAUGAAACUAGGAAGAACAUUCGCCAAGAAAUGGAAUGGCAUAUACAGAAUAUGGGUGUAUCCGUUCUCUGCUGUAGUCAUUUAUAAUCCGGAGGAUAUCGAGGUGGUCAUGUCAAGUAUGAAAUACGGUGAAAAAAGUUUGGUAUACAAAAUUUUACAGCCAUGGUUACAAGAUGGACUCUUGUUGAGUAAUGGUACAAAAUGGCAAGAAAGAAGAAAGAUUUUAACGCCGGCUUUUCAUUUUAACAUAUUGCGUCAAUUCUGCGUCAUUAUAGAAGAAAAUACACAUCGGUUGAUAGACCAGUUAAAGAAGACGGAUGGACAGCCCAUCGAUGUGGUGCCUAUACUUUCUGAAUUCACACUUAAUUCUAUUUGUGAAACUGCAAUGGGCACUCAACUGAAUGAACACUCCACAGCGAAAACAUACAAAAAAGCAAUUUACGAUCUUGGAAAUAUAUUUUAUCAUAGAUUCAUUAAAAUUUACUUAUACCCCGAAUUUAUAUUCAAUGCUACAUCUCUUGCACGGAAACAGAAUAAAGCUGUGAAAACAGUACAAAGCUUUACUGAAAAAGUUAUAAGAAAAAGGAGAGAAUAUGUAAAGGAACAUGGUUUUGAUAUGUUCAACCAGAAUGUUGAUGAUGAUGAAGUCUACGUGUACAAGAAGAAGAAGAAGACUGCUAUGUUAGACCUCCUUCUAUCAGCAGAACAAGAAGGGCUCAUUGAUAAAACUGGUGUACAGGAAGAGGUUGAUACAUUUAUGUUUGAAGGGCACGAUACUACUGCAUCAGGACUAACUUUCUUAUUUAUGUUGCUCGCCAAUCAUCCAGAAAUUCAGGACAAAGUUGUAAAUGAGCUCAAUGAUAUAUUUGGAGACUCGAAACGUUGGGCCUGUAUGGACGACUUACCAAAGAUGAAGUAUUUGGACCGAUGUAUUAAGGAGUCGCUGCGUAUGUACCCGCCUGUACAUUUCAUUAGUCGGAAACUGAAUGACGAGACAAUACUAAGUAACCACUCAAUUCCCGCCGGUACAUUAUGCCAUAUACCAAUAUAUGACUUGCAUCAUCGAGAGGAUCUGUUCCCGAACCCCGAAGUGUUCGACCCUGAUAGGUUCCUGCCAGAGAAUAGUGAAGGACGACAUGCUUAUGCUUACAUACCGUUUAGUGCUGGUCCUAGAAACUGUAUAGGUCAAAAGUUUGCCAUGUUGGAAAUGAAAAUAGCUGCCGCUGCAGUACUUCGUGAGUUUGAACUGAAACCGGUGACGAAACAAUCCGACAUUGUAUUCCUUGCAGAUCUCGUACUUAGGAAUAAUGGGCCAGUGCAGGUCAAAUUUGUUAAGAGAAAUGUAUAA